ACUGCAGCUAGCAGCCUGUGUAGAUGCACACAUUUUGAAUGAAAGUCCUCAAGUGUAACAUGCGGAGACCUCUACCAUCUGACAAUAUAUGAAAGCUGAAAAUACUGUUCAGUGUAUGUGUAUUUAGUAGGACUAUAUCACCAGUGCUUGGCUUACACUUUCACAACAUUUAUACCUUCGCAAAAAGAGAAGGACCGGGCUGUGUGUGACUAUGCAACGACUCACGGCACAGCUCUUCGCCGGGCUGGUUGCAGCGGUGCUGUCGGUGCUGGUCGUACAGUGUUGGGCGGACGGCGGCGGCCCCAAUCUCGCCGAAAGGGUUAUCUGGGCUGUCAAUGCCGGAGGGGAAUCGCACGUUGAUGUGCACGGUAUUCACUUCAAAAAGGACCCCUUAGAAGGAAAAGUCGGUAAAGCAUCUGAUUAUGGGAUUCGUCUGCCGAUUCUUCGCUCGAGUCCUGAGGACCAAGUACUCUACCAGACAGAGCGCUACAAUGAAGACACGUUUGGAUAUGACAUCCCAAUUCGGGACGAAGGCGACUAUAUUCUAGUAAUGAAGUAUGCAGAAGUUUACUUCGCGCAGUCACAGCAAAAGGUGUUUGACGUCCGACUAAAUGGCCAUGUGGUUGUGAAGGACCUAGAUAUCUUUGAGCGAGUGGGUCACAGUACUGCACAUGAUGAAAUAGUGCCCUUCUCCAUUCGACGGGGUAAGCUGAGUGUACAAGGAGAGGUGUCAACUUUCAACGGCAAGCUCACAGUUGAGUUUGUAAAGGGCUAUUAUGAUAACCCCAAGGUCUGCGCUCUCUAUGUGAUGAAGGGAACACCAGAAGAUGUACCCAAACUUCAGCCCCACCCUGGCUUGGAGAAGCACGAGGAAGAGGAUGACGAUGGCGAGGUAGGAGAUGACGUCAGCAAGAAGAAGCUCCCACCGGAUUCCAAGCCCAGGGUCCAGUCGGGACCCCGAACACCAAACCCGUACGCGGCUGACAACAGCAGCCUAAUGUUCCCCAUCUUGGUGGCGUUUGGCGUUUUCAUCCCUACGUUGUUCUGCCUCUGUCGGCUGUGAGAGACCAGAAUAGAUAUGAAGACUGUGACAG